UUCGAUUCCAUUCUCGAUCUCGAAGAACAAUUCUACAGCGAAGGCUAUAAUCUGGGUGUGGCAGAUGGCGCUCGGACUGGGCGCAUCGAGGGGCGUAUCUUUGGUCUUGAAAAAGGGUUUGAGAAAUUCCUCGAAGCUGGAAGACUUCAUGGACGCGCUAUAAUCUGGCAGGAUGAGGCUCGAACAAAUGGCAACGAAAGAUUCAUCAAGCACGUGGAGCGCAUGGCCACGUUGGUGAAUCCUGAAGACUACAUUACAGCGAAUACCGAGGAAGCGGUCAACGAUGUAGAGGAGCGAAUCAAGGAUGCCAAAGGCAAAGAGCGUAUUAUCAAAAGAAUUUUGGGAGAGAAUGAC